CUGGACGGACGCCAUUGAUUCUUGAUUGACACUUGGAACGUGCCAUUCAAAACUGUCAGCAGGUGUAUUUUCAAAACAUACAAUUGUGCGAACGUCAAAAUUAGCUACCGCGAUUUGUGUUAGAUUGACAUUUAUGUAGUAUAAAUUUAGGCUUGCUAUAAAUCACAUUUUUGUACCUAUGGUUUAAAGUUCAUUGAUGAAAACAAGCUUCAUUGCAAAUUGAGUGCACCCUAGACAAGUACAAAGGACCUUACAAAUUGAAUAACUUAGUUGUGUGAUUUCCUGAGUUUAAAGCAAAUGUCCUGUUUUUACAAUAUCCUCCUUGAUGCCAUCCAGGAGUAUCAAUAAAUUAACGUUUUUGUUCAAUAUCAGAUGGGCUGAGAUGCAACAGAAUCCUGGUGUCGCAAUGGUUUCCUACCCAGAAAACCUCAACUCUAGCGGCCAACCGGCAAACAGCGCUCCGCCCGACCAAGCAGUGUUUGAAGCUGAUAAGAGGGCGGUUUACAAACAUCCAUUGUUCCCGUUGUUGGCGCUAUUGUUUGAGAGAUGUGAACAAGCUACUCAGUCUGCGGAGACCCCAAACUCUGAAAGUUUUAACAUGGACAUUCAGGCAUUCGUUCAACAUCAAGAGAGGGAUUGCAAGCCUUUCUUGAUAAAUGAUUCGGAAGUUGAUGGCUUGAUGAUUAAGGCGAUUCAAGUACUUCGAAUUCAUCUAUUAGAACUAGAAAAGGUGCAAGAAUUAUGCAAAGACUUCUGCAAUCGCUAUAUUACCUGUCUCAAGGGCAAAAUGCAGAGUGAAAAUUUGCUGAGGUCUGAUUAUUCUACAGGCUUUGUUGAGAACAAUAACAACAGCCAUUCUAGCAACUCUAACUCCCCUACUGUCUUCAGCCCUCAUAGCUUGCAGGUGGUGUCCCCUACAGGCUCGUUUGGAGGGUGUGAGGGAGGUUUUGUGAAGAGUGGACCCAUGCUGGACCCGAGCCCCCACUACCCCACCGCCACCUCUCCACCGUCCCCCAACCAUUCUCCUCAACACAUCAUACAUGGCAGCACCCCCCUCUCACAAAUCGGGGCUAACUGCCUCCCCCCCGCAUCAGACCUCAGUCUUCACCAAGGUUCCUUAUCUGCUACAAGUGGUGGUUCAGGAGAUGAAGACGAUGAUUUGUUUGGGAGCAGGAAAAAACAAAAAAGAGGAGUUCUUCCAAAGCAAGCAACCAGUAUUAUGCGUUCCUGGCUUUUUCAGCAUUUGGUUAACCCAUACCCAAAAGAGGACGAAAAGCGAGAGAUAGCUGCCCAGACAAACUUAACUUUAUUACAAGUAAACAAUUGGUUUAUUAACGCGCGGCGAAGAAUCCUGCAGCCUAUGCUAGAUGCUUCGACCCCUUCAGAUGUGACAGGAUCAACCGGAGGGUCAACGGGAACCAAAUCCAGCAGUUCAAAAACAAAGUCCGGAAAUAACGGGAGUCAAUGCUUUUGGCCAGCCAAUAUUCCAAAAGUAAACUCUGCUGACAUUACUGAAGAUUCAAGCUUGCUGAGCGGUGAUGAAUCAGAAAGCAGCGGAAGUGGUGACGAUACCAGUGACAUCGGCAAACCUCAUAGUGAAGAAGAAUUGUCGGAGCAAUAACACUCCGACGGGACUCGAUACUUGCUCAGGAGACGUGCGCCGUCUCUUCUUAGUUUAGUUCAUAAUCUUAGAAUAAGCUUGAACGCAAUAUGUUUGCCAUUUUCGAUUCGGAUAGAAACACGAGUGAAAUUUCCCUUCCUUUUAACUUUCUUAUUGUAGAAUUAAUCGGUCAUGUGAUAACAGUCCAGGUUACCAGGUGCUUUGUAACCUAAAUCGUUCUCGUGCAUUUGUUAUUGUGUGUCCAAUAUUUUCAUUUGAAUAUCAACACACUUGUAUGAUUUUAGAUCGUAGCUUCAUUAAAGCUGUUGCACAAUUAGUUUGGAAAUUUUUACUUUUAAGUGUCUAUUAUGUUGUUUUUUAGAUUUUUACGAUAGUCCGAUAAUUUAGUUUUAGGUAUUUCCUCGUAACCGUAUUAUCUAGUAAUUACGUCUAGUUCAUUAAUUAACUUUGUUUCUGAGGAAGACCAAUUUUAAAACCAAUAAGUGUGUCUUCCAUAUGUAUGUUGCUUAUACGAUGCUAGCACUUGAAAUCUAGUGCCAUGUUUUAAAAAUGCGCAGUGUAGCAUUAUAUUCAAAGUGGAUAGAGUUUGUAGGUAUCUUUUUUUAUUUUAUUCUGACGGAGAUAUAUUCUUAUAUUGCGAUCCUAAAAUUUUAAUAAAAUCAAUACUUUGUCAAACUUUUUAAUAAUAUCUCCAACAAUUUCGCUUAAACGACUCUCUUAUAGAUAUAAACUUAAAUACAAGCCCUUUUAUGCUACAAUCUGCUAAAACAUUUGUUUUGUAACGUGAUGUUGUCUUUGUGGUGUGAAUUUAUACUCCUAAAAAACUUUUUGUAUUUGCAAAAAAUUGUAAGUGAUGUACUGAUUUAAGAUGAGUUUGCAAAGGUUUGGUUUUAACCAAAAUAAAACCAGUUUUGAGUAAUAAUGUUGCAUUGCGAUUUGUAGAUUAAACCAUAUACGUAUUAUUAUAAGUAACGUAGUAUACCGAACUUGUAUACGAAAUAGAUUAAGAGUAAGUCUAUUUAUGGAAUAGCUUGUGUCUUCACUCUAGUCUGCCUCAAUAUUUUCCCUGUUACUUUACAAAAUGUUGGUUUCUGCCCAUGCUAUUUGUGUGUACAGUAUUACUGUGAUUGUACGAUUAUAAAUGUGUAUACGAAUAACUCAUAGGUAAGAUAAAGUUAUAUUCUUUUAGAAUAAUCCGAGUAUCUUAAAUUUAAGAGUUUAAUUAAGUUAUAGCGAGUAAAUGGAAAGUGUGAUUUACUUUAAGCGGUCAAAUAGUCACUUUAAGGGCUCGGAAAAAGUAGUUCCUCAGGCCUUAACCUAUACGGGCUUCUCAAAGACAGGAAAUCCAGAAAAGCUGGUGAUUAGUUUUUUAAUGCUUUUAAAAUGUUUUUACUUAUGAUUCUGCACGAUUGCAUGUUAUGGGAAUUCAGCCUAGUUAAUGUGUGUUCGUUUAUCAACCUCAAUUUUCCAAUUGACCUAUGUGGUUCAACAUAUGGGACAAAUAGCCAGGAGGAACUAUAUAUGGUUUUAAUUAAUUAACCUUUUACUCUUUAAAUGCUAAAUUAAACUUGUUUUAGGAGAAUCAUUGAUACUUAAAGUUAGCAUUAGCAUCAACAACCUCCUUUCAAUCAAAGUUUGGAUGCCUCAAAAACCAAUCAACAUGCUAACUUAAACUUUAGUUCUUGUUAUUUUUUUAAUUUAAUUUACUAUAUUUUAUACACAAUACCCAUCCCAAGUCUGUUGUUUUGAUAACAUUAUUUUCACUGUUUCUUUUCCAAUAGUCAAUGUUUCAAGUUAGUUUGCAUUUUGGUGAAAUUUGGUAAUUGGGAUAAUGAGGUGCCAAAAGUACAUGAAUGUAAUAAAGACCCAUAUACAAACCAGAUUUUAAGCACAAUUUUUCUACAUGUUAGUUAAUUAUUUGUUAAAAUUUGUUUUUGAUAAGUUCUACAGACAAUUGUUUGCACAAAUUAUUUCAAUGUUUUAUAAAUGUAAAAUUUUUGAUUGUAGUUAAUAUAGUAGGUUAUAAUUAUUCUAAAUUUGAAUCGUUUUAUUUAUGUGGUUUAGGUAUAAGAGGAAUUGCUCAAACUUAUGAUUGUUUAAUGCAGUCAAUUCUGGCGAUUCACAGACAUAACAUCAAUCUUGAUACCCUCAAAAUAGUUAACUUAGUGAUAAAUAUCAAAUAACAUAAACAACUACACAGCAUGGACGUAGUGUGAAGGGAAGUCUGAUAAUGGUUUUAGCCAGACUACCUUUGUGCUUGUGUAAAGAAUUGCAAUUUUAUAUUAGCUUCUGCCAACAUUCUUUUAAAAAUACCAGGAUUGUCAUUGGUCUACCAAUCAGUUCAUCUGCAUUAGACUCCCUCUUAUCCAGACUCCUCGGAACCUAGACCAGUCCGGAUAACGUUUUUUCCGGUUAAACCGACGUCCCAAAAAACUCGUUAAAACGGACCGAUUAAAUGCAUAAUGUAUACAGUAUUUGCCUUAAAUUUAGGAGAGCAUUUUAUUUAGACACAUGAUCACUGGUCUCAAAUCUUUCCCACGAGAAAAGUUUUUUCAGUACAACCCACUUCCUGCCGAUCUAGUCCGGUUUAACCGAUGUGAUGAUAAAAAUUGUCCGGUUAAAGAGAUGUAUGUUUAUCUGCCGAGUGUAGUCCGGUUAAAAGGUGUCCAGAUUGGAGGGAGUCUACUGUAUAUGUUCUUCAAAAGAUAACAAGUAUAAAGUGUGUUCCACAAAGAGGUUUACAUUUUAGGAAUUUCUAUUACUUGGCCGUUUGUGGACCAAAAGUUCUGUAACUUAACACAAUUCACCUUGUAGGUUUUGAAAAUAAAUGUGAAGAUUUCACUUUACUAACAUUUUUAGAAACAAAAGUGUGGCAUAUUAAUGUUUACCAAUUUGAUUCCUAUACAAAUUGCUGCUUAAGUUAUAACCAAAGUGUUGUUUGUGGGAUAUUGAUUCUGGUUACAUUAGUAAAACUGCCUUUGAUAAGGUUAAGUUUUAUUUUUAUGGCUCAAGCCAUAAGUCAAACACCUGUUCAACAAUGAGUAAAAAAUGCAGUGCAGUAAAUAUACCAGGUAAUAACUAUCAGAAAUUAAUUUCUAUAGUAAUCAAAUCGGUAAUAUUUACAAUAUGCUACCACUUUGAUUUAGAAAUGUUAGUAAGCUGAAAUUUUCACCAAAUAUUUUUAAAACCUAUUUCAUAAAUUAUAUAAAGUUUCAAAACUUUUGGUGCAUUAACGGCCAAGUAAUAUAAAAUCAAACAUCUAAACCCUUUGUGGAACACCCUGUUUAAAAAUGGUUAUUAUUUUUAAACGUCUGAUGUUUCUCUCUUUGAAUCUAUUUAGUUAAUUUUACUUCAUAUUUUUUACUUUGUGCCUCCUUUAUUUGUGUUGGUAAAGUUGACAUCAUGUCUUGAUUUUUUUUUCUAUCUGAUGCUAGAAUUGACUGCAUUUCAUAAGCUUAUGUUGUUAAUUUUGUUUAAAUAAGUGUUCUAAUUUAUAUUUUUAUAAUUUUUAUACAAAUUCUAUCAUUGUUAUUGUUUUCUGAAGAUGUUAGUUUUCUGAUGUUUUCAGCGGUAAGAAGCCUAAAUUUUCAAAUCACUGUUCAGCCUGAUGUGUUUCAAUUUGUCCUAAGCGUUUUUUUAGACUUGUUUAUGUUGUAAGCAGCUGCCUCUAGGUGUGUAAAAUAAGUAACAAAGUGUACAUGAUAUGGUUUACUAUUGUACAGUUUUGUAAUUUUGUCCAUGUAUACAGUUACAGUUAGGUUAGGUUUGAAAGGCAGCUGCUUGAGAAUACUGCUGGCUUUUGAAUGUGAGGGAGUUAUUGUUAUCUACAGUACUAAAUACUUACAUUGUAUAUGAUCUAAUUACAAUUUAUUCAAAGUGAA